AUGGCGUCGAACAGUAUCGUCCGUUUGAUCGCACCGAGCAGAUCCGUCUCCUCUAGAUUCCUCGAGCCUGUAUCACGCUUCUUAACCUCCGUUUCUCCUCCUCCGCAGUCUCCAUCUCCGGAUGAAGAUCAGGUUGUGAAGCCAGAUGAGAAGCUUCAAGAGAAUCUGCCCAAAGAAGAGGAAGAUCAAGAAGGUGGAGGUGGAGAGUUUGUUAAUGAAGAUACCGGUGAGAUCGGAGGACCUAGAGGUCCUGAACCGACUCGGUACGGUGAUUGGGAACAACGUGGUCGUUGCUCCGACUUCUGAGACGAGUUUUCUAUGUACUUUUUCGUCAUUUUUAUUACAGAGGAAAUAAAAAUUCACUUUUAUAAGUUUAUGUAAUUUGCAAACAAUGGAGAACAUAGAAGUAAACUGUUGUAAUAUGAUUCGUUGUGUGCUAAUGAAUCUUUAAUUAUUUGAAUAUAUUUGCAAGAAAUUAAUUU